AUGUUUUAUGCACACUUUGUGCUGGCCAAAAAGGGCCCUUUGGCCAAGAUUUGGCUGGCCGCACACUGGGACAAAAAAUUAACAAAAGCUCAUGUUUUUGAAACGAAUAUUGAGAAGUCGGUUGAUGGAAUACUUAAACCCAAGGUGAAAAUGGCUUUACGAACUUCAGGCCAUCUGUUGCUUGGUGUAGUGAGGAUCUAUUCAAGGAAAGCGAAGUAUUUACUCCAAGAUUGUAAUGAGGCUUUUGUUAAGAUUAAGAUGGCCUUCAGGCCUGGUAUGGUGGAUUUGCCUGAAGAACAUAGAGAGGCUGCUAUGAAUGCCAUUACAUUGCCAGAGGUCUUUCAUGACUUUGACACAGCUAUGCCUGAACUCAAUGAAGUGGAUAUUGAGGCACAGUUCUCAUUGAACCAAUCAAGAGCUGAAGAGAUAACAAUGAGGGAGGAUUAUGGUUCCCUAAACCUGGUCACACAUGAUGAUGGCUUUGGUGACAUGGGGUUUGACACUGAACAUCCCGAUAUAAUGAGAGAAGCUAUUGGCACUGAAGGGGCUUUGGAGCAGAGUAACCUGCUGUUUGCGGAGGGGUCUUCAUUGGAGUUGACUGGCAAGGAGGCGGGGCCCAGCGAGCCGCGCGAAGCACCGCGUCUUGAAGCCGCGCCGCAGCACAUGGACGAUGGCUUCGGCGCCACUAUCGCUGAAGUUCCCGACUUCGGACAUGCGGGAGGUUUGUUCGAAGGCGAUCUGUUCGGUGACGUGACGGCGGGCACUUCAGCGGCCGCGGCGGCGGGUCUGCCGGGCACCACCACUCAGCCGCAGUCCUUACAGGCUGAGAUAGAAGCGGCAGGAGAACGAGCUGCUGAGGCUGAAGCUGCGGCCGGCGAAGCGCACGAUUCUGACGAGGAAAUGGGUGACCACUAUGACGCCGGGGCUUCGCCGCCGCACAGCUGGGGCGGGUCGCCGGUGCAGGCGCAGGGCGCGGGCGCGCUGGAGGCGGGCGCCGAGCUCAUGCCGCCGCCCGCCGCGCCGCGCCCGCCCUCCACCAGGCCCAUGGAAGUAGAUGAACCUGAAAUAGCUGCUGAGGCGGUAGCAAGACCAAUAACUCCCGCACCAGCUUUGGACUCCACCACUUUGCUACAAAAUGACGAGGAAUCCUUCGCACUAGCGCCCGUGGACGCCACAGUUCUUAAAGGCGUCACAAAAACAAAGCGAAAGCGCAAGCUGAUCGUGGAUGAAGUAAAGAACAUAUCUGGUGAAGAAAUGAAGAAUCAACUCAGUAACACUUCAGACAUUGUCACUACUUUGGACCUUGCUCCGCCUACUAAAAGACUGAUGCAUUGGAAGGAAACUGGUGGUGUAGAGAAAUUGUUCUCCUUACCUGCCAGGCCUAUACCAUCACAAGUAUUGUUUAAGAAAUAUCAGCGCAAUAUGACAUUAAGAAGCGAAGCAGAAGAGGUUGAGGCAGCACGCUCGCCAGAGCCCGAACCCACGAGACGAGCGGGUCGGAAACGUCGCCAUGAAGAGUUAAUACAGCCUCCAGAAACACCGGCACCACCACCAACGGUAGAAAUGGAACCACCCACACCAGUGCCACAAGAAUAUGAACCAUCAGUUGCCUCCGAGCGUGUCUUCGAGCCCGCUUCACCGCAGAGUCCGCGUAAUGAAGACGUUGAAGCACCUCAGACUCCCGGUGGCAUGCUGAGUACUUUAGGUCCACCCUUAACGCCCGGUGUGUUAGGGCCUUUUACACCUGGUACCCUGCUUGACGGAGGUCUGACGCCUGGCGGCUUACCACAUGGAGCUAUAACGCCAGGCGGACUUCCACAUGGCGGCAUGACUCCAGCAGGACUGCAGCACGGCGAACCGCAGCCUAUGGAUCUGGGUCUGGGAGCAGGUAUGACCCCUGGUGGUAUGACGCCCGGUGGUAUGACGCCCGGUGGUAUGACACCCGGUGGUAUGACACCCGGUGGUAUGACUCCCGGUGGUAUGACCCCAGGUGGCGAUCUAGAUCACGGAGGAAUCACGCCAGUGGGGCUGGAGCACGGCGGGAUGACACCAUCGGAAUUACAACAUGGUGCGCUACUCCAGCAUGGUAUGGGGCAGCUGCCGAUGAUGCCUCAGCUCGGGGGAGAACAAGUAUCAACAUUAUUAUCCCGGACGGUACCUACCACGCAGCCGUUGCAGCAUGACUUACCACACACGGUACCUAUGGAACCACUACCAUUACAUGGAUUGGAUGAACAAACAGAUUAUCAGACUAGUAUGCAAAUGACCAAUUUAGGAUAUGACGAACAACAGCCGCCUCCCAGUCCGCCGCAUGAUUACGAUUUGCCUCUCAGUGUGGAAGCUGGACCAGAGGACGGUCGUGGGGGGUGCGGGGGCAGCGGCACGCGCGAGGAGCGCGAGGCGGGCGAGACCGAGGAGCAGUUCUCGGAGCGCGUGCUAAACCGGCGCGCGGCGCAGCUGUUCGCCGCCAUGCGGCCUGCGCUGGCCGCGCGCCGCAGCCUGGCCUUCGCCGACGUGGCGCCGCCGCACAACACCAGGAAGCAGGUGGCACAGAAAUUCUACAGUUUAUUAGUUCUCAAAAAACAUCAAGUUUUGAAGCUGGAACAGGAAGAAACAUAUGGACCCAUAACAAUAUCAAGAGGCGAACAGUUCGAAACGGAUGCUAUUUAA